UUCUGGCAUGAUAUUUUUAUUCCUGUUGUGAUCCAUUUAUUUGGUUUGUGCACAGAAUUCAUAAGUGACAUUUGCUUAGGAAAGGCUAUUUCAAAAAAAUGUUUGUAUGUGGCCAUAAAUUUAUCAAACUUGUCAUCUGUGCUGUAAACAUCAGUCCAGAUAUCUCUUCUCAAGAGAGAACAAAAGUAAUCUAUGUUUUCAUUAUUAAACUUCCUCACAAUAGUUCUAGUUUUCUGGGCUUUUGUGUUUCCUGGAAUAGUGAUUGUUAGUAUUUGAGCAUUGUGAUCACUAAAACCAAUGUUUGCAGUCUGUGUGUUGCAGAUAUAUUUAUCUGUGUUUACCAUGGAGGUAAGAAUAGAGGGAGACGCCAUGACGUCACAGCUGCGAAGCUAUGUGAAGCCGAGGGUAGCCAUCUCAAUCUGACCAAAACAUUGCUGCUGUAAGCUUGUCGCUCACUUUUGGAAGGAUUUUGCGCUAUUAUGGUGACUUGUGUGGUGUUCGGAUGUACGAAUCGUUCUGAUUGUGAUGCGAAAUCGAAGGGAAUAACAUUUCAUGUAUUUCCUAAAAAUGAAAGUCAGAAAGCUCUGUGGGAGAGUGCCGUGAGGAGGAAGAAUUGGCGUGCGUCUAAAUGGAGCACUAUAUGUUCUGAGCAUUUUCGAGAAGAGGACAUAGACCGAACUUCCCUCUCAACAGUAAGGCUGCGUGAAAAUGCUGUACCAUCAGUUUUCCCUACACACCCAAAACAUUUACAAAAGGGAGACAAGAAGAGAAAGCCACCAUUGCAGAAGGAGAGCUCUUCCUUUCCAUCUUCAGUUUUGGCUGCUGUCAGCAGAGUGCAGGAUGAAGUAGUUCCCGCUCUUGUUCCUGAGUACACUGCAGGACCACCAGAACGUAGUCAGACAUCCUCUGAAAGUGACGGACUGAAGACGAAGUGUGACCACCUCAUAAGAAAAACUGAUCCGUACAAAAAACAAAUUAAAACUCUUCAGCAGUCUAAGCGACGACUUAAAAAGAAAGUGGCUUCUUUGAGUGCUGUCAUUAAGGAAGUGAAAGACAAGCAUCUUGUGGAUGAAAGUUCACUAAAUAUACUAGAAAGCAUACCUGGAAUGCAGAGAGACUUGCUGGGGCACAGACUGUACCUAGGUCAUACAGCCCAGAACUGCGCUCCUUUGCCUUAA